AUUUUGAAAUCCUAAGCGGAAUGUUUACAUGAAGUCCCUCAGUCUGGAGAGAAUAUCCGCACUUACAUCUAUCUUGUUUCCUCUGUUUUUUUACAUUUUGACCAAAUUCUCUUCUACGUCGUCAUGAAUACAGUAACGUUAGCUUUGAUUUUCCUGUUUGGUUUUUUUCUUCAAGGUUUUUGCCAAAAUGGAACCAGACCCAACAUUGUGAUGGUGAUGAGCGACGCGUUUGACGGACGAUUGACCUUUGAUCCUGGCAGCAAAGUUGUGCAGCUGCCAUAUAUAAACUACCUGAGGGAGCUGGGCUCCACCUUCCUCAGUGCUUACACCAACUCUCCCAUCUGCUGCCCCUCAAGAGCAGCAAUGUGGAGUGGUCAGUUUGUUCAUCUCACUCAUUCGUGGAAUAACUACAAGUGCCUGGACCGUAAUGUGACCACAUGGAUGGAUUUGCUUGAGGCAAAUGGAUAUCUUACCAAGAUGAUCGGAAAGCUGGACUACACCUCGGGGAGUCACUCCGUCAGUAAUCGAGUUGAGGCCUGGACCCGGGAUGUGCAGUUCCUCCUGCGCCAGGAAGGCCGGCCUGUUGCCCAACUGGUUGGGAACAUGUCAACAGUAAGAGUCAUGAAGAAGGACUGGAAAAACACAGGGAAGGCUGCACAGUGGCUCCGCCAGAGAGCAGCAUCGCCACACCAGCCCUUUGCUCUUUAUGUUGGUCUUAAUCUGCCUCAUCCUUAUAAAACUGUGUCGCUGGGCCCCACUGCCGGAGGAUCGACCUUUCAGACUUCGCCGUACUGGCUUAAAAAGGUGUCGCAUGAUAUAAUUUCCGUACCUAAGUGGCUUCCUGUGUCCGCUAUGCACCCUGUUGACUACUAUUCCACCUACACCAAAAACUGCAGUGGCGUUUUCACAGAGGAUGAAAUCAAAAACAUUCGGGCCUUCUAUUACGCCAUGUGUGCUGAAGCAGAUGCUAUGCUGGGCCAGAUUAUUUCAGCUCUGAGAGAGACCGGACUGCUUAAUAACACCGUUGUGAUCUUCACAGCGGACCACGGAGAGCUGGCCAUGGAGCACCGGCAGUUCUAUAAGAUGUCAAUGUUUGAAGGCAGUUCCCAUGUUCCCCUGCUCGUAAUGGGGCCUGGUCUGAUGUCUGGCCUGCAGGUCAGCCAGCUUGUGUCUUUGGUUGACCUGUAUCCCACUGUGCUGGACCUUGCAGGAAUUCCAGCAGUGUUAAAUCUCAGUGGCCAUUCCCUCCUUCCUCUGCUGUCGAAGUCCACUGGUCUUUCCAAGACGACGCGUCCAGACUGGGUGCUGAGUGAAUAUCACGGUUGUAAUGCCAAUGCCUCUACGUAUAUGUUAAGAAGUGGACAAUGGAAAUACAUCACCUAUGCAGACGGUCUGAGUGUUUGCCCACAGCUUUUUGACCUUAAACAAGAUAAGGACGAACUUCACAAUGUGGCUCUCAGAUUCCCAGAUGUUCAAGCACAGCUGGAUAAGAAGUUGCGUAGCAUUGUGGACUACUCAGAAGUCUCUACAGCUGUUCACCUGUAUAAUAAAAAAACAUUUGGUGAUUGGCGUGACAGUCUGGGAAGAAACUACACGAUGGUCAUCGCUAAUCUGAGGUGGCAUGUAGACUGGCAAAGAGAUGCUAUCGCCAAUGAGAGAGCUAUUGACAAGUGGCUGUAUGGGUCUGUGUGAAAGUUUAUAGCACAAUGAUGGUGGAGUAUUGAGCUACACUUGCAAAAGAUUCAGGACAUAAAGACAAUAAAAGGGUUUCUAUAUAGAGUUAGAACAGGAUCAUUUGUUCCAGUAAAUCUGAAUUUUACUGACCUCAACCCAUAAACUAUACUUAAUUUGUUA